CUUGCCGCCGUCGUCAGUCAAAAGCUAUACGUUCGACGCUAUGGACCGGUCGAUCUAAACUAGUCUAACGCGAAAUAUCUAGCUUCUCAUUUAAACUCAUACAGACAGACCGCGCGGAAUUGUCGGGGCAAGCCCGGUGGAGUGGUUGAAUAAGAUCACGCGGUUAAGAAUAGCGCGAAACGGUCUUCGACUCCUGUACUUAUUGCUAACUAGCUCCACCGUAAAUUGCAAAAUAACGGGAUAAAAGAGCAUAGUGUACCCCGCAGUGAACAUUAAUACCGAUCUCCUCAAAAGUGUUCGAUCGUCCCAAUCGCUUACGAAUAAAUUCCAAAAUUUCCCAAAAAUGCUAAUGAAGGCGGAAUUGUUGGUCACGUACCUAACGAUAGCAACAGCCGCGGGGAACCUCUUCGAGGAGAGGUUCCACUGGAAUGUGGUGGAUAUAGCCUGGCCCUCGGAUGAAAUAAGAACCCAAGUGAUGGACAGAAACGAAUACACCCCAGUGAACAACGCUAUCGCUGGAAUCAAGGUAUGGAAAGGUAUGAUGUACCUCACAGUGCCCAGAUGGAAGCCAGGGAUUCCCGUAACUCUGGGGGUGAUACCCUCAGAAUUGAUAAUGAAGAAUAUACCACCAAAACUUCAAGCAUAUCCAACCUGGGAAAUGCAAACAGUGGGGGACUGCCGGGCGUUCCAGUUUGUCCAGAGUAUGGAGAUUGAUCCCAUGGGGCGCAUGUGGGUCUUGGACACCGGAAGAACUGCAACAAUGACCACCGAGCCCAAAGCACGAUGCAGUCCUCGUCUGGUUAUCCUGGACCUGAAUAACAACGGAGCUGUCUUACGGAGUAUUCCAUUCCCAGAGAGUGUCACUCCCCACAACGAAUCCUACCUGAAUGACAUUGUCCUUGACAGCACUGGUGGAGGAUACGCCUAUAUCUCCGAUACAAACGAUCGUGAUCCGGGCAUCAUUGUGUAUUCCCUGGAGAAGAACAGAUCCUGGAAAGUUAGACACGACUCCAUGAAAAAACAGACCGAAGCUGAGGACUUCUUCAUCGGCGAUGAGAGAGUGAUCAAGGGCAUUCCCAUCGAUGGUAUCGCUCUUUCACAACUCGACGCCCUGGAAAGAUACGUCUACUACUGUCCCCUGUCGUCGUAUCAUCUUUACUCAGUGAAUACCAUUGGACUGAAAGAAGAAGGCAUCGAUGUUGACAGAUACAUUCAGGAAGUUGGGAGAAAAAGUUCUCAAAGUGAUGGAAUGAUGAUGUCAGCAAAUGGAACACUUUAUUUUGGUCUUCUCGCUGAUGACGCUGUGGCUCAAUGGGACUCGACGAGAGACCUUUCCUUCACAACUGGCCAGAGAAUUGUCGAUAGAAAUCACGCCAAGAUGCAGUGGCCCGAUACCUUUGCCAUCGAUGAUAAUGGGUAUCUCUGGUGCACUGCUAAUGCACUUCACAAUUUUAUGCAUAAUAAAGUCGAUCCCAGGCAGGUUAAUUACAGGAUAGCGCGAUUGUUUAUUCGAUACUUGAGCUAUCAGUAUCACGAGAAUGGCACAAUGCCGGAGUUACCGGUCAUCGUUGCUGGUGCUGAUGAGCGAAUUCCCCUGGCUAUGAGCACAUUUAUCUUCUUAAUUCUUGCAAUUGCUCUUAAGUAAAUGUUUAAGAUUUUAGCUACUAUGCGAGACAGGUGUUGAACAAUCGAUGCACUUCGGUUCUAGCUUUAAAUAGUUAUUAAGGGUUCCCGUGGAAACCAACACGAGAACAGUGGUCGAUUUUUUUUGCAGUUUUAUGCAAAAGUUUGAUCUUUUCGUCGAGAAUUGGGGGAUUCGGGGUGGGGUCCAUGUGAAAAUACCGGGGUUGUAGUGAACUAAGUCAUAUUUUUUUUUCUCAUUUUUCUUCAUCUUAGAAAAGUGGAAACUGUACCAAUAAUUUCCGUCAUUUCAGGACGAUAAUUGUCCCAAAUUGCCUGUACGGUAAUCAUGAAUGCACCCCAUUACCGACCAGUCAUUGCCCAAAUAUGCACAAAUCAAUUUUUAUGGAAUACUAAACGUCUCUUCGCACUGUUACAUUUUUUUGAAAUAAUAAAAUAGAUAAAUUUGGAAUUUAAUCAAAGUUCCAAUUAUUCUAAUUGUCAUAAAAAUCAUGUCACUAAUGUCCUUUGGAUGUUCUAGUAAUCUACUAUUUCGUCAAUAUCAAUAUAAGAGAGUUAUAUAUGGGAGUUACUCGUUAAUUAGUCGUUGGCAAAAGCUUCAAAGUUUUUCGUUUGAAUUUCAAGAGUAAAUUUUUACCAGUGCCAGGAAUUUCAUUCAUUGCUUCGGUCUAUUUACCCCAUAACGUGUAACGGAAAAGACCAAAAAAAAAUUUUCCCUCUUCAUGUAAAGUAAAACAGUUAAAUAUUGUUCCCGGUGGGUAUUUUUAUUGUUAGCAGGGCGGACAAUUAAUGCGUGAGAAAUUGAAAAUAUUAAACAAGUGCAAUGAAACUCACUGUGCUCUACAGCAAAUUCUGUUGCCAGCAAAUUAUGACCUUCAAUUACUCUCUCGCUCUCUCUCUCUCUCUCUCUCUCUCUCUCUCUCUCUCUCUCUCUCUCUCUGUCUCAGUCACCAAUUUUGUUUGUUGUCAAUCGUAAAUAAUUUACCAUUAGUGACAAUGAAUAUGUACAGGAACACUUAAAGAGAUAAACGAGGAAGCAAAUGAACUAUUAACUAAUAAAAAAAGAUUGUCUAAAAUUUAUCAUUAAGUUUGUUAAAACUUUCAAGAUUUUACGAACUUCUUAAUAACCUCCGUCUACCUAGCCCCUAGAGUCUGUAAGGUCAUUAAACGUUUGAAUAUUGUCUUCACUGUACAGACAGAGACCAAAAAGAAACUUGAAAUUUCAAUCGAGUAAUUAUUUUAUAAUUAUCGUCAAGUACUCCUCCCGGAGCCACACCCGAAGAUGAAACGUCCCAACGAUGUCUAUCAUGAAUCGUAAUUAAUGUACCGUAAAUAAUAAAUGAGAUAUUGAAAUUCAAUAGCUACCAUACAAAUAAUAUAAAACGAUCAUCGAAAAUUCGUUGUUAAUUAAGUUCAAUGUAAUUUUCUUAACAGUGCGAGGUUGCUGAUAACUACAAUCCAUCCAGUCCGUAAAUAGUACAUUUCAAGUCUAGUCAUGGAAAGCAUAUCAUCCUCUCCCACGUGCAGAGUUGACCUCGGAGCUGUAGACGAAGAUGACAAGCACGUGGGGGAGGGUGAUAAGUCUUCUACGGUGUAGCUUGAACUACAUUUUUUCAGACGCAGGUGCUGGAAAGCGCGAAAUUAUGUUUUUCCGGCCACAGUCUGGAAAAGAGAAUUGAAAGGCAGAAAACCAUAAUUAUCGUUGUUUGGUGAACGUCAAGCAUUUAAAAAUAGUGUCCUCGAUGCACAAUGUUUAUCGUUAAUAAUGUUGACGAUUUUCCAGUAGUCGGAAAAACAACUUGCAAUUUUAAACGAGUGAAAUACGACUCUGUUGUAAUUGUGUAGAUUAACUCUCUAUUAUCAACAAAUAAUUGCACGUAUAAUGUUGAUUGUUAAUCGUAAUUAAUUUACUGCAAACGACAAUUAAUAUAUCGAAGCUGCGAUAUAGAUUGGACCAUUUCAUCAAGUGCAAAGGCCUGUUGCGAAAUACGAGGCAGUGAAAAUACGAUGAUAAAAAAAAAAUAAUGUCCAGUAUCUCCCUACUAUUAUUCGCGAUUUCGAAUCCCGGCGCAUGCAGCUGGGACAAAAACGCACAAUGAAUCUUGUCCUAGUUUUGAAGUGUACACAAAAUGCGUACAAAAUAAUAUCAUUACGUUACCCGAGCCAGACCCAGAAGAACCGCAGUUUCUAAAUUAUUUUAAUGCCCAGUGUCACGGAAAUAAACAGCACUGGUGGUUUACCAUGAGCUUAUGUCACGCAGGUUUUAAUGAUUAAAGUGAGGAGAAUGUACCUGACCAAAAUCUCCUACACUGUUUGAAUUAUUUUAAAAUUCCAUGGGCUAUUUAAUAUUAAUUUUCAGGAAGGCGAUAAUCAAGGCCAUUUGAGUGAGAAAAAAUACUGAAAUUUCAGUUGAAUAACAAUGGGAUUAUGGUGUAUUUAAAAAAUUACUGGAAUUUUUCAGCUUUUAUUUGCCACAGUUUUAAUGAAUUUUUUCCUAAACUAAUUAAUUUUCAAUUACGAAAUCCUGUGACAUUUUAUAAUUGAAAAUUAAUUGGGGAUGGGGGGUUUAUGAUUCUCCUACGUUUUCUGAAACUUCAUUGAACUUCAACUUGAUUACGCAUUAUUUGAUCCUGUCAGUCGCAAGAAUGAAUUUUUAAUGUCAAAGUCACGAAUAAUAUUCGAUUCACGAGAAUCCCCUUCGAUAUGAAAAAUUCAGGUCUCCACGAGAUUGUCUGGAAUUUUUCACAAUCAUUUUUUCAUCAAUGAAGAAAGUAAUCCAAAUUAUUGUCAUUCAUGAGCCAAGUAUUUUUGAUAAAAUGAGAAUGAACGAGGCGUUCUUUUAUACAAUAAAUUCUCAAGAAAAAAAAAACACCUACGUAUGUACGCCUGUGAGUGGAUGAUUCGAUGCUACCUCUUGAAAAUCCUCAUGGUAGAUUAAUUAAAAUUCUCGAGCUUCCAGUGAAAAACUCCAGUGUAAAACGAAUCAUUUCAUCAACGCCUCACGUCAGUCUUGACCUCUUUUUACAUAUUUUCCUCAUACCCGCAAUCAAGAUAAAAAACAGAAUAGGUUGUCGAUAAUUGACACAUUGAUUGACGCAAUUUUCUUCAAUAUUUUUUGUUCUAAUCUAAUUUCAAUGUAGGGAUGCACUCAACAGUCUAUACCUAUAAUAGUUUAUUUUUGAAUAGCAUACCCUCCGUGAAAAACGUUCAAGGGAGAGUAUUCGAUGUACUCCUUUCAAAGAAAUAUAUUGAAAAAUCUUAUGGAACUAGAGCAGCAUUUAUCUCGUGAACAUGGAAUUGCGGAAUGAAUGUCCAUUGAAAUUUGUCUCAUCUGGAGUUUUCAAUAAUUCCUGACAUUUUUAAUUACUCAAGGUGUGAAUUCCAUGAUGAGAAUGGGACAUUCCAUGUUAAUUCCGUCACUUUUCAAUGGGGAUAUAAUUUCUUCCCAUUACCUAGGUCAAAUUCUGAAUGGAUCUCCACAAAAUUAACCUGAAAUGUCUCAGCUAUUUUAAGAUGUCAGUGGCAUUAUGAACCCAAAUGUAUCUCUUACGAGUGUGAAUGUACAUUAAUCUAUUUUCUAUGACCUAUUGUGAAAUUAAUUAUUGAAUUAAAGAUAUACUCUGUGGUGAAUCAAAGAACAGCAGUGAAAUCAAUUCUGUAAGUUGUGUGAUUUUUCUGAUAGGUCUCAAUUGCUGAAAUAGAUUUCCCCAGGAUUCCCUGCUGUUUCAACAGUAAAGCCGCACUAUUCAUGUAGCCGUUGAGUGUAAUAUUCCAGUGAAUAAAUUAUGCAUGAAUAUAUGAAUAAUAAA